AUGCUGCGGACCACCAGCCUCCUGCGCCGCCUCGGCCGGCGCCAGGCCUCCUUCAACGCCGCGUUAGCCGCGAUGGACGCCAUCGAGACGUCCGAGCGCUUAAGAGUAGCGGCGCUCGUCGGCGGUUUAAGAUCGUGGGCGAAGGCGCAGGGCAUCGUCUACGACGACGACGAGCUGCAGAAGCUUUCGAGACCUGCGUCGCCGAACCCGCACCGCGCGCGGGAGAGACGAGGCGAGGACAAUUUGGGAAGGAGCUACGAGGCUUUUGUAAGAGACGUCCUACGAGGAUCGCUGCCUUCCGAAGAGGACUUUAGCCGAGUUCUGAGGACGGGCGCGGAGUUGCUGAGGAGCGAACCCGUCGUCAAGGAACUCAAUGUGAGGGAGUCGCUGACCAUUGUUGGAGAUCUCCAUGGCUCGUUGGGAGACUUGAAUGCCGUCAUGGGGCUCCACGGCCGGCCGUCGACCAAAAGCCGCAUCAUUUUUAAUGGAGAUUUUGUGGAUAGAGGCCCGGACGGCGUCGAGGUCCUCGCGGCCGUGCUAGGGAUGAAGCUCGCGUUCCCGAGGCAUGUGCACAUCAAUAGGGGCAACCACGAGGACGCUGCAUUGUCCAGGGCUUAUGAUUUUGAGGCGGAACUCGUCGCGAAGUAUGGGGUUGAUACUUCCCUCUUAGAUGACGCGGACGACGCGUUCGCCGCGAUGCCGCUGGGCUGCGUCGUCAAUCAUGGUUCUACGAGGACCAUGGUGCUGCACGGCCACUUGCCCCGGUCAUUGCCUUCGCUCGACGAGCUCAAGCGAGCGCCUCGGGUGCGGUCGGUCGUCGCCGAGAGCGAGGAGGACGUGGAACUUGUGAGGGACGUCCUCUGGAGCGACCCCUGGGAUCAGAGUGAUGUGGUGGAUAAUUUCAAGAGGAACGCGGGGUGCCUCAUUCCCGACGGCGCGCUUGGGGAGUGGUUAGCAAGGGAGAAGUUCACGCGGUUGGUGCGCUCCCACGAAACAGAGGCGACCGGGGCGGCCGUGACGCCGGUGCCGAAUGGGGAAAGAUGGACCGUCUUUAGCUGUAGCCACUACCCGAACCGCCAGGGCCUCACCCUGUGUGGAAAUCAAUCAGUCAUCGAGCAGGUGUCACGUCGACGGCGUGGAGGUCGACGCGGCGAUUCAGGAGGAACGCGCCGUAAAAUUUUGAUUUCCACGCAGGUCUCAACAAGGCUGCCGUCCUGCAGGUCGACGCGCGGGGCGCCGUCAACGUGCGGCGGUGGGACGCGGGUGAAGAUGAUAGGGCCCAGGGCGCGCUCGCGGCGCGCGUCCGCGGCGCGCUGUGGCGGCAUAGGUCCCGGUUGCGGGACGCGCUCGCGGGGUGCUCUUCCAUAUCUGCCGUGGCCAAGGCGAUUAGUGAUAUUGUCGGCCAGGACGCGAAGGUCUGGGAGACCCACCUCCUCCCGUGCCUCGCCGACGGUUCCGCCGCGGAGGCGAAGUGGCACGAAAUCCGCGACUUUCUUUCCGUCGACUUACCAGCGAGGCACCUGCCGCCGCGGGCGGCCACGUCACCGGCGGCGCACGCGGUCUUCGAUCUGCUGGACACGGACCGAGACGGCGUCGUCCGAAGAGCCGAGUUUUUCGACGCCGUCGGUGCGGUGAACCAAGUCGUCCCUCCAGAAAGGCGCAUCGACGGCGACUCCGUCUGGGGUUUAUUAGAUUGCAACGGCGACGGAGAAUUGGAAAGAAACGAACUGGAGCGCGGCCUAAGGAUAUGAUUAUUU